CUGCUUGCGUUUGCGCCGUGAAGCUCACUAGCUAUACGCUAGCUGGUGCAGAAAGGUUGGGGGUGGUUGUCGUUGGAGUUAUUUAAAAUACAAACACAGGGAAACAGACUUUCAACUCGCACACAUGGCGAAGCAAAGCUCGCUCUUUAAUUUCUUCUCCAAGUCUCCGCCGCUAGUCGCCAAACCGAAGCCGAGUCCUUCCCCGGCGGAGGCAGACCUGCCUUCCUCUGUAGAGAAGUCCAGCUCCUCUCCGAAAGAGCAAGCACAACAGACUCCGCUGCAGACAAAAGACACCAACAAAGCUAAGAAGGAAAGUAAGUCCAAGCCAGCGAGCGGAGGAUUCAAGAAACUAUUUGGCGACAAGGCCCAAACAACCAAAGAAAGCAGCCCUCCAUGCUUAUUCAGUGCUGGUGCCCUUGUGUGGGCAAAAAUGGAAGGGCACCCCUGGUGGCCGUGCAUGGUGGUACCCCAGCCUCUGACUGGGCAGGAGAUGAGGGGCCGUGGUCGUGACCAGCGCAUACACGUUCAUUUCUUUGAUGAACCUCCAACAAGAGGAUGGGUCAGCUCUAAUAGAGUCAGAGAGUACCAAGGCUCUGACAGCAGUGAUGCUAAACCUGGAGGAGUCUACUUCUGUGGAAAACCUGUAAUCCGUCGUGCAAUGGAGCUGGCUGAUGGAGUUAUGUUUGACAGCCCAGAAAAAAGAUUAAAGAUACCUCUCUGCACGGACCCAUCUGAUGCAGAAGAGGAUGAUGAUGAAGAAAUGGAGCUUGACAGCUUAGUGACUGAUGAAGAGGGCAGUGAUGAGUAUGAAAGCGAAGCCCCGAAGCCAUCCAAAGUCAGUACACGUUUAUUCUGUGCAUUAAUGGAAAAAGGAAGCAAAGCCAAGCGCCGUCGCAUUAUUGCGGCCUCAGAUAGUGACGGCUCCGAUGAGGAGUUCAAACCAGAACACGCUGCGUCCAGCAGUGAGGAUGAAGAGGAACGAGGGGAGGAAAGCUGUGAAGAGAAAGAAGAGAGCACCGAAAGGUCAGACGUGGAAAGCCCUGUCAAGCCUGUCAAGCGCAAACGUCCUGCAGAAAAGUCGGCUAAAACAAAAGCAAAGACACCUACUGCUCCAUCUGUUGCACCUAAAAGAGCUCCAGCAGCAGUUGCAACUGACACAAAAUCUCGUUUGUCAGCCUUCUCUGCUCCCGAGAGCUUUGAGAGCCAGGCGACUGGAUCAGGCUCCACUGCAGGGGCAGUUUGGGAUCAUGAGAAACUGGAGUGGUUGCAGGACGGCAAGAGAAAAGACAGCAAACGGCGGCGACAGACAGAUGAUGACUAUGAUCGUAGCACCUUGUAUGUGCCAAAUGACUUUAUGAAUCAAAUCACUCCUGGUAUACGUCGGUGGUGGCAGCUCAAAUCUGAGAUGUUUGAUACAGUGAUUUUCUACAAGGUGGGAAAGUUUUAUGAGCUGUACCACAUGGAUGCUGUGAUUGGAGUCAACGAGCUGGGACUGACAUUCAUGAAGGGGACUUGGGCGCACUCUGGUUUUCCAGAGAUUGGCUUUGGACGUUUCUCAGAUGUACUGGUGCAGAAAGGCUACAAAGUGGCUCGUGUUGAGCAGACAGAGACCCCAGAUAUGAUGGAAGCGCGCUGUAAGACAAUGCUCAAGCCCACUAAAUUAGACCGUGUAGUGAGAAGAGAAGUGUGCAGGAUUAUCACACGUGGUACCCAAACCUACAGUGUGUUGGAUGGUGCUCCUUCAGAAAGCCAGAGCAAGUUCCUCCUGAGUUUGAAAGAAAAGGCUGAAGAAGAAAGCUCCGGCCGCUGCCGCACAUAUGGAGUCUGUUUUAUUGAUACAUCAGUCGGUUGUUUUCAUGUCGGUCAGUUCUCAGACGAUCGUCACUGCUCACGCCUGCGUACGCUCAUAGCACACUAUGCCCCCGCUGAGGUGCUCUUUGAGAAAGGAAACCCAUCUGUUGAAACUCGCAAAAUACUCAAAGCCUCUCUGUCCUCUGCUCUGCAGGAAGGACUUAACGCAGGAACACAGUUCUGGGAUGCUCAGAAGACUCUGAAAACCCUCUCAGAAGAAGAUUAUUUUAAAGAGGCAACUGGCAAGGAGGAGGGGACUGGGAGCAGCUUUCUCCCCACUCUUCUAAAAGAGAUGACAUCUGAGAGUGAUUCACUGUGCCUUACUCCUAAGGAGGGCUAUGAACUAGCACUGUCCGCUUUGGGUGGAUGCAUUUUCUACCUGAAGAAAUGCUUGGUGGACCAAGAGCUGCUCUCCAUGGCUAACUUUGAAGAAUAUGUCCCAGUUGAUGUUGAGAUGGAGAAAGCUGCAGGACCCGCCAGUUUCUUUGCCAAGACUUGCCAGCGUAUGGUGCUUGAUGGAAUGACUCUGGCAAACUUGGAAAUCUUUCAGAAUGGGUCAGGAGGAACAGAAGGGACACUGCUGGAGCGUUUGGACACCUGCUCUACUCCGUUUGGAAAGAGGCUUCUGAAGCAGUGGCUCUGCGCUCCUCUGUGUAACCCCACAUCUAUCAGGGACAGACUGGAUGCAGUGGAGGACCUGAUGGGAGCUCAAGCCCAGGCUACUGAGGUUUCAGACCUUCUAAAAAAACUUCCAGAUCUAGAGCGCCUGCUGAGCAAAAUCCACAGUAUCGGGACACCUCUGAAGAGCCAGGACCACCCUGACAGCCGAGCAGUUCUCUAUGAGGAAGUGACCUACAGCAAGCGCAAGAUAGUAGACUUCCUCUCAGCACUGGAAGGUUUCAAAAUGAUGCAGGACAUCGUUUCUCUCUUUGCUCCAGUUUCAGGCGAGUUUCGUUCCACGUUGCUUUGUCAAGCUAUCAGCCUGAAUAGCGAAAAGAACGGCCUCUUUCCCGACCUCUCUGGUGAACUCAAACGCUGGGACACUGCCUUUGACCACCAGAAAGCCCGCACUACUGGAGUAAUAACCCCCAAAGCUGGCUUUGACCCGGAGUACGACCAGGCUCUGACUGGAAUCAAGAACUGUGAACAAGAGCUGCUGGAUUACCUGGACAAACAGAAGAAGAGACUUGGCUGUAAAAACAUGUACUUCUGGGGAACUGGGAAAAAUCGCUAUCAGAUGGAGGUUCCUGACAGCGUCUCGGAGAGGGAUAUCCCUGACGAGUAUGAGUUAAAGUCUACAAAGAAAGGCUGGAAGCGUUAUGUGACAAAGAAGAGUGAACGGAUGUUCUCAGAGCUGCAAGGAUUUGAGGAGAAGAGAGAUGCUGCACUCAAAGACUGCAUGAGGAGGCUCUUCUAUAACUUUGACAAGAACUACAGUGACUGGAAGACUGCUGUGGAGUGCAUGGCAGUGCUUGAUGUGCUGCUGGCCUUGUCUCGCUACAGCCAGGGCGGCGACGGGCCUAUGGCCAGGGCAGAGGUCGUGCUUCCCGAGGAUGACGCCCAGGUUGCAGCCUUCAUUGACCUCAAGGGAUCCCGUCAUCCCUGUGUCACCAAGACCUUUUUUGGCGACGACUUCAUUCCUAAUGACAUCUUCAUUGGCUGCCCUGGCACCGGUAAAAAUAGUGAAGAUGACAGUCUGGCCUCUUGUGUCCUCGUCACAGGGCCAAACAUGGGUGGAAAGUCUACUCUAAUGAGACAAUGUGGACUCGUGAUCAUUCUUGCCCAGCUGGGUAGCUACAUUCCAGCUGAGAGCCUCCGCUUCACACCAGUUGACAGGGUCUUCACUCGGCUGGGCGCCUCAGAUCGUAUCAUGGCUGGAGAAAGCACCUUCUUUGUGGAGCUGAGUGAGACUGCCAGCAUCCUGCGCCAUGCCACUAAACACUCACUUGUGCUUCUGGAUGAAUUGGGAAGGGGCACAGCCACAUAUGAUGGCACAGCAAUCGCCAGCGCUGUUGUAAAGGAGCUUGCUGAGAAGAUCUGCUGUCGCACUCUCUUCUCUACACAUUACCACUCCCUGGUGGAGGAUUAUGCCAACAACCCUGCCGUGCGUUUGGGCCACAUGGCGUGCAUGGUGGAGAAUGAGUGUGUGGAUCCAAGUCAAGAGACCAUCACUUUCCUCUACAAGUUCAUAACGGGUGCGUGUCCUAAGAGUUAUGGAUUCAAUGCUGCUCGACUCGCCAACCUACCAGAGGAAGUUAUCCAGUCAGGACACAGGAAGGCCAGAGAGUUUGAGAAAAGCACCGUCAAUCUCAGACUUUUCAAGAAGCUGUGCCAGUUUGCUGAGGACGCUACACUGGACAGCACCCGUUUCACUUCCCUCAUUCAACUGCUCAGUACUCUGUAAAAUGUUGGUAAAAGUUCAAUGCAUUUUGUUUUGUUUUCUUGUCAUUAAAAAAACACUACUGAAUUGAUCUAAUAAAGUUUAUUUUUAAAAAAUGACAAUGUUUCAUCUAGGAAAUUAAACCCUUU